AUGCGUGAAUUACGUAUUGAAAAAUUAGUUUUAAACAUUUGUGUUGGUGAAUCCGGUGAUAGAUUAACCAGAGCCUCCAAAGUUUUAGAACAAUUAUCUGGUCAAACUCCAGUUCAAUCUAAAGCUAGAUACACUGUCAGAACUUUCGGUAUUAGAAGAAAUGAAAAAAUUGCUGUCCAUGUUACUGUCAGAGGUCCAAAAGCUGAAGAAAUCUUGGAAAGAGGUUUGAAAGUUAAAGAAUAUCAAUUAAGAUCUAAAAAUUUCUCUGCUACCGGUAACUUUGGUUUCGGUAUUGAUGAACAUAUUGAUUUAGGUAUCAAAUAUGAUCCAUCUAUUGGUAUUUACGGUAUGGAUUUCUACGUUGUUAUGGGUAGAGCCGGUGCUAGAGUCACCAGAAGAAAGAGAGCUAGAUCUACUAUUGGUAACUCUCAUAAAACUAACAAAGAAGAUACCAUCCAAUGGUUCAAGACCAGAUACGAUGCUGAAGUUUUGGAAAAAUAA